UCCAAUUAGAUUGGCAUUGAAGAAGUUUUCGCUCGCACCGCAACUCGACGUCGUUUAACAUUCUGUACGUUUGUUUCCGCUUCCAUUCAGCGUUACGAAUUGGAGGAAUUUUGAUGCUGAAGAGAUGGCUGGAGCUCUGGUUGUAGUAUUUGCAGCUGUUAUUCUUCACGCAUUUGAAGGUGGUGGUGCGGUGGUAGUUCCGAUCACUAGCUGUUAUGCCCUUGACAACACAAGUCACAUUCAUGAUUUUAGUAAUUUGAUCGGACAAAUUGUUGAGUAUGAUGAUGAUAAGGCCAAUGAUCUAGUGGUGCGAUUUUGUAAAGAUGUUGAGACAAGAUCACAACCGGGAUAUGUGGCUUUUGGACGAUUUGACAAGUUCAACCAUUUUGUUGCCGGAACAGGACAUGUUAACUUUGUGCAGGAAUAUUAUGGUGGUGACCUAAUGAAUUGUGAGAAAACAUACGAUAAGUUGGGACGUACAGCACAGGUGAACAUCAUUUGUGGAAAUUGUCCAAGUGGACAAUGCACAGGUGGACUUGGAUGCAUAUGCAAUGUGACAUAUGAAUCUGCAUGCAGAGUGCUUAUUGAUCUUGCCAUUCCUUGUGGGAAGCCAGCUUUGCGGGUAUUUGAAGGCUUUACAGUUGGAUUUAAUCCACGGUCAUGGGAAAUUGUCUAUAAUGGUCUGACUCAGUUGGGUUAUGAAAAAGCACACAAUAUGUUUAGCUUCAAAUCUGAGCAAAGAGAUGUCACGUUAUACUUAACUGCGGUUGCUUCCCUCUCAGGUUUAGUGGAAAAGCCCAUGGUUAAGAUUUCUCCAGAUAAAGGAUUGGAUGUUCAGUUGUCUGGCUCAGGGGCAAAUGGCGACCCACCAACUACUUUGUCUCCCACAAUGAUACAUGUGGAAUGGAUAUGUGAAAGGGGCCUUGAUAUGCCAUAUGAAGUUGAAAUUACUAUUCCAAUAAAGGGUUAUGAUCCUAUUCAGUUUACCCUUGCAAAGAUGUGUGAACACACACAAAGUGAAAGCAGCGAGGAUUCUAGAGGAUGGGCUGUAUUCGGGAUCAUAUCUUGCAUAUCCAUUGUAGCAUUUACACUCUUCUGCUGUGGAGGAUUUAUCUAUAGAACUCGAGUGAAAAACUUGCACGGUAUUGAUGCAGUCCCUGGAAUUGCUAUACUAUCCUCAUGUUUGGAAACUGCAAGUGGAGGCAUUCAUGGGUACACACAACCUAGUGAUGCUAACAAUCCUUUCACUAAUCAAGGUCCUUGGGACCGGCAGCCAACUUACACCCAAGGAACAGCAAGACCAAGUGAAAGAACAUAUGGAUCCAUUUAAGCUGUAUCUCUUCUACUUAAAAGUAACAUAUUCGAUGGAGACAUUUUGUAAAAGCUAACUUUUUGUCAACUCUUCAUUCAUUGGUGAAUAAAUCUGAUUUGAACCCAUAUGGGCAUUGUAACCUUUUAAUAAUUCAACCUGGUUUACAUAUGAAGAAUGCAGUUGUGUUUACUCGGCCAUAAAGGUGAAUUAAACUUUGUUAUGAAA